AUGGCGACGGCGAUACAAGCUCUCAAGGGCGAUGCGCCCCAGCAGGUGCGGUCUCUGUACCGCCAGCUUCUGAAGACGGGCGACCAGUUCGCCGCCUACAACUUCCGCGAGUACGCCAAGCGCCGGACGAGGGACGCCUUCCGCGAGAACCAGAACGUCGAGGAUCCCCGGCGGGUGCAGGAGCUGAUCCAGAAGGGAUUGAACGAGCUUCAGAUGUUGAAGGUUGGUACCUUCCUCACUCUUGCUUCUCUGCUGGGUUUGGAGCCGCCGACGACGAGCAGACGGGGGUGGCGGACUAAACACGGAUGGCGAUUGAACUUUGCGAGAGAAGCUCGGGGGGCUAACAUUCGCGCGCAGAGACAAACAGUCGUCAGCCAGUUCUUCCAGUUCGACCGGUUAGUAGUCGAGGGCGGUGCCGCGGUAGGUUUAUCCCAAAGCUCCGGAAGUAAUGCGGUGGUGAUGCUGAUGGUUGCGCAGGGCAAGCAAAAGGGUAACAAGGGCGGUAUUGUCAGACAAAAGGACCAGGGGUAA